AUGCAAAUCGUAGAUAUUAUGGGUUCCAGUACGAAUGCCAAUGCGGUUGUUGUACCAAUCGCUUCAUCAGGAUGUGUUCUCACAUGGGAUUUCGAUAUUCUGAAGAGCGACUGCGAGUUCGUUGUUUAUCACACUCCAAAGGUGAUUCAAGAAGCGGCCGUUCCUCACUCUCCCAUGAUGAUGAAUCCAGUCGAGAUGGUGACAGCAGCGAUUGCCAACAAUCCACUGCCAGUAAUCUCAUCCGAUCCGUCUCUAACACUUGGUCUCGAUCUCACAAUUGAAGAGAAACCGGUAGUAUUUCAAGAAGGAGAUUCCAUGCAGGGCUCGCAUUUCUGUUCACGAUCAGGCACUUAUAUUCUUCAGUGGAGGAUACCUGAGAUUCCCGGCCAACACAACACCACAUUUGACUUUAGUAUUGGUAGCCAUAAAUGCAAAUUAAUGUAUUAUCAUGAAUUAUUGGACUCGGCCGACUUUAGGGAUAAGUUGUGCGGUGCCGUUCAGUACAACUGCAACCUUGAGGACAGCAGAGCACAUACUAGUCCGCUUCGCAGUAUUUCUUAA